AUGUGCAAAAACGUGAAGAACGUUUCAUGGGAGACGGAGACCUUGAUGGGUACUCCCCCCAAGUCCAAGUGGGGGAGCUUCGAGCCCAGAGCGGCGCUGUCCCACGUGGGCCUCUUCGUGGCUCUCAUGUUGUACACUGGCGGCGGAGGGUUGGUAUUUCGAGCUCUGGAGUAUCCAGCUGAAAUGGCCAAGCAAGAGUUUCACAGAGAGCGACUUCUUACAGAGAGAUGGAACUUAAUACGUUUUGUGUCCGAACGCAGUAAUAAUGGCACGGAUAUUGAUAGCGCUGACAAAUUACUCAGCGAGCAUUUAGCUAUAUACGAGAGGGUGCUCGAGGAAGCAUCUUCGAGUGGAUUGGCCCUGGAAGUAGAGAACAAUUUUCCUCCGGUUGAAGAAAAAUGGAGCAUACUGCAAGCUGUGUUCUUUUCUUCGACUGUGCUCACCACUAUAGGAUAUGGUAACAUAGUUCCAGAGACUUUUUGGGGGAGAUUGUUUUGUAUCGCCUAUGCCCUUAUUGGAAUACCUCUUACAUUGACUGUCAUUGCGGACUUGGGUCGUGUGUUUGCUACACUUGUUUCAAUUAUCGCUAAGCAACUGCCUGCGAUGCCAAAGUGCUGCAGUAGAGUUUCUGAAGCUAAUCCUUCUGGGCAAAGAACACUAUAUGCCCUGGGAGCUGUAGGCUUCUUAUUCUUGUAUUUAUCAGCGGGUGCAGGCCUAUUUAAAAUGUGGGAAGAUGACUGGACUUUCUAUGACGGAUUUUAUUUUUGCUUCAUUACUAUGACCACAAUUGGAUUUGGAGAUAUCGUCCCUAAAAGACCAAAGUACAUGUUGAUAUGUACGGUUUACAUUUUAAUCGGUUUGGCACUGACUUCUACGAUUAUCGAGCUGGUGAGGCGGCAGUAUGCCAGGUCUUGGCAGCAACUUCGGGCGCUUUCCGGCCCGUUGGCAGACACGCUUCGAAGGUUGGGCGACGCCGGCAGAGGGGUGGAUGUCUCUGCACUGCACAGCGAUCUUCGCAAAGUACUUACAGUGAAAAGCUAUACCGGUCCCGAUACUAUGGUAAAACCUCGGACCUCACCUCCCAAGGUGACUAUGCCACGGCUAAGCAGCGCGGGUGGGAAUGCUCUCUCUGAUAAAAGAAGACUGGAGUGGGAGGCUGCAGUGGACGCUGUCAUCAGAGACAUCACAGCCCCCAUCCCUACUCAGAAACCUCCAAUAGUUCAAAUUGUUAUUUACGAAUCGUCAGUUUAG